GGUAAAAAAUAAGAGUGAAGAAAAAGAACAAGUGAAAAAUUAUAUUACUGGUUUUAACGCAAGAAGAAAAAAAGGAGGCGGAAAAUAUAUAGAAAAAAAGAAGUUAUUUAAGUGCAUCUAAAAUUAUCAAAAAAAUAUAUAAAAAGCAAUAAAAUUACAACAAUAAUAUAAUAAAAAAGCUAAAAUAAACUUAAUAAUUGUAAAAAUAUAAUAAUAAAAGCAUAAAAAAUGAGUUUUGCGGAGAAAAUUGCCAAUUUAAUGGCCAGGCCAAAUCAGCAACCUGGCCCAACCGAUGAUCAGCCCUGGUAUUUAAAAUAUGGCGUUAGAUUUUUAGGAAUAACCGGAGCCUUCUUUUGUAUAUUAUUUGGUCUCUUCAAUGCUUUAACAGUACUAUUACUAAAUAUCAGUUGUUUAAUUGGUGGCAUACUGCAAAUAGUCAUAGGUUUUCUAGUGAUGGGCUUAGAAGCACCCUGCUGUUUCUUUUGCAUAGACCAUGUUGGACAUUUGGCUGAUAUGGCAGAUGCUAGACCCAUGUGGAACAGAGCAGCACUUUAUUGUGUAGUCUCAAUAGUCCCGCUUAUUUUCUGUAUAGGUUUAGGCAGUUUAUUCCCCUGCGGUUUAAUCUUUGCUACUGGUGUUAUCUAUGGCAUGAUGUCAUUAGGCAAAAAAGCUUCGGCGGCUGAAAUGAGACAAGCGGCUGUCAACACUGGCAUUGCUGGUGGACAAACAACAAAUGAUCGUGCUGGCAUUAUAAAUAAUGCCCAACCAUUUUCAUUUACUGGAGCUGUGGGCACUGAUAGUAAUGUGUGAUAUGAAGGCGUUUAAGAGGACUGCAGCUAGACACACACACACACACACACACACACACACAUACACUCACUUUACCAACCUAAGGAUGCCACUUGAAAUGAAAACAAAAACCAAUUUAAAUUUACAAAAGAGAAUAAAAGUCAAAUAUAUAAAUAUAUUUUUUAUUACUUGUAAUGAAAAGGGAUUAAAAAUUAUGAUAAUUGAAAAAAGUUGUAAAACAAGAUCUCUGUAAAAAAAAUCCAUGAAUAAGGCAGACAGACAUAUUGAAAAUACAUGUAUUUUGUAGAUUUAUUUUUGUAUGUGUAUUUUUUCUUAUUAUUAGUAUUUUGUUCUUAUUGUUUAUUUCCAGAAAAAACAAUUGUAUUUUGUGUUGAGUUCAUAAUUUGUAAUUUGUUUAAGUUGCCCAUAAGUUCUUCCAAAAUUUUAUUUGAAAUUUAAAAAUAUUAAAAAAAAACUAUUCAUUCCAUUAUUUAAAAAAAUGUCUUUAACACACUAAUUUGUUUACAAAAAAAAGCCUUCUCAGGCUUGAAAUUUAAUAAUUUAUGUUGAUUUCAGUUAUAUCUAUGUCAAAGAAUUUGUGCUUGUUUAAAAUUUUUUUUAAAAAUUUCUUUAAAAAUAUUGAAAAUUGUAAAAACUAUUAAUAUUAUAUUAAUAAUAAUAAAAGACCUGUUAAUUAUAUAAAUAAAUAUAUAAAUAUUACAAAAUAAAUAACAAACUUAAAUAUAUAUCAUCUUGUAUUUAAAUUGCAUAAAUCCUAUAACAAAUUUAAUGAAAAUUUCGUUUUUUUUUUCCUUGUAAAUGUAUAAAAAAUUUUGUAAAUUAGCAGGUUUUUUUCUAAAAACAAUACAGAAAAAAAUACACAAUUAAAUUACUCAACAUUUUUAGUCAUUUUAAUUAAAAAAAUAAAACAAAUUAAACAAAUCCGAUAAACUUAAUAGCAAUUGUGUUAAAUUUAAAUAAAUUAUAUUAAAAAAAAAGAAAGUCAUAUUAAUCCUUGAUUAUUUUGAAAAAUAAAAAUAUAUAAUUAUAUUAAAAACAUAAAAUUAAACAAAAACAGAAGAAACAUAUUUCAUUUAUAAUUAUAAUAAUUAUAAAUUAAUCAUUAAAUUAUACAUAAAUUAUUAAAAACAAAGAAAUUAAUAUUAAACAGAGAUAUACAUACAUUAUUCAUAUGAAACGUAUAACAAAAAAAUAUAUAUAUAUAAAACAAAUUAAUAGUGUAAAAUUUAAUUGAAAAAGAAAAAAAAACAAAAAUAAAUGAAAAUAUGUUUAAUAAUUAAAAAAAAAGUAAAAUAAAACAAAUAAAUUAAAUAAACAACAAAAUGUAUAAAAAAUUAA